ACCUCGCCGCCCGUUCAAGUGCAGCUGCCCGGGUGUUGUAGUGAACAGUGGGGCAGGCAGUUGCUGGACGUAUUCUCGAACGAAGAAAACAUGCAGCAACUGGUUUCCUGGUCCGUCGAUGCACUAUUCGUAGCAAAAUGGGCAUAUACUCAUGAUACAUGUUCCGUGUAUCUGGGUAUGAAAUCUACAUAUGUAGGCGCCUCAAUACGAGUGUCAAUGUACUGUGACUCCCUAACAAAUGACUAUUACGGGUUGAUGGUACCUGAUGACCGUGCUGGGGUGAAUGUACACUUCUCCUCGAUCUUCCUCGCCAGUCGUCACUCCUCGUUACGUGCUGGGACGGUAUUUCGAAUCGGCAUGUUGACACACUCGCCGCAAUCUUUCAGCUCCAAAUACAGUAGAAUUGGUCAACAACUUCUUACCUACUUAAGUAGGUAUACAUAUAAAGUGCUAAGGACUUUUGACAUACCGUGCCCCAACAUGCAAUCUUUCCACAAGAAAUCCCCCUCCCACCCCCCUAUCCAUCUCAAUAAAAUCAACCACACAUUACCCUACGAACACCUCCUUUCUAAGACAAAAAUGCAGAAACGAAUAUAUAUUUACCUUAUAUCCCCCCCCCUUUCUUUUCUUAAAAGUAUCGAAGAAAACAAAUAA